AUGUCUGACAAGCCCACCACCAACCUGACUGGCACUGUCCCCAAGGCCAUGGACGAGCAAGGAACCAUUGGCAAACAAUUCACAGAGCAAGGAGCCAUUGGAGGUACUGCGCAAAAGAUUGGAGGCCCUCUUGCAAAGGAUGGUGUGAUUGGCAAGCAAUUCACCGCUGAUGGAAGCAUUGGAGGAACUGUUCAGAACAACAUGGGAGGAGAGAAGAAGGCUUAA